AUUACUAAUCUGUGCCAGUGAAGAAACUCCUACUUCUUGCACGUAACAAAAUCUGUUUUUAUUUCUGUUUACUUCGUAAAAAAAAUCAUUACAGUGAAAUAUUUAAGUGAUUGGUUUUAUUAAAAAACUAUGUCAAUUGUUGAUUGGGAGAUGCAUCCGUAGAUUACGGUCGCCUUGGAGAAUGUUUUUCAGUGAAAGGUGUUAAAAUGUGUCGGGCGUUGUUGUUUGUGUAAUAAGUUGAGAAAUCAUCAAAACAAUGGUUCCUGCGCCGAGUUGUCCCUUAAGUUGGGAUUAUUGGACGUCGACGCCUUCGGAUUACGUAGACUUAACGUGUUUGAUGCCAAAUUCAAUUUAUUUACCAGUAUCAGUUAGCUGGGAUGCAACUCUUCAAGAUGUUAAGGAGGAAAUAUGGGACUUGGCGGGGAAGAUGCCACUCUUUGGUAUGCUUCGAGAAAUGUCUGGUUAUGUAUUUCAAUUCAUCAACUCAUUGGCUGUUCCUGAAGAAGUUGAUGAUGAGAAUAAGCGUGUUCGGGACAUACGACCAGUAUUUGGAGUACUCAUGAUAAUUGAGAGAUCCAUAGAUAAGCCCGGAGAGACCUUGCUUAACACUCAAAUUAGCAGAUUAAUUGGAAAAGGUUUAAAUGAAUUUGAUAGUUUAAGAAGUUCAGAAGUAAAUGACUUUCGAAUGCGAAUGAGAUGUUUAGCUGAAGAGAGUUUAAUGAAGCGUGCACAGAGCACACCCUUAGACAGAUUAAAAUACCACUGCCCACCGAGACUGGCUGACAGCCCGUCUGUACCUAUUACACUUAAUAGCCAUUUAAAUAAUAAUUGUUUUAUACUUGUCACUAAAGUUGCCAAUACAGAGAUCUCAUUUACAUCUAACGUAUCCGUUAACCUCACACCACAACAACACGUGGAUACAAUAUUUCGUAAGAAAGCGAACUCGCUAAAUAUGCGAGGAGAACAGCCGCGAAAUUAUGUGUUAAAAGUGUGUGGGAGAGAGGAAUAUCUCUUAGGAGAUUACCCGCUCAUACAAUUCCUUUACAUACAAGACAUGCUCGCUAAGGACGGCGUACCUCAGGUCAUGACUGUCAGUAUGGAUAAAAUAACCUAUUGUGAUAUGCAAUACUACGCGCUGCCGGAGAGAAGAAGACUCACAUCGGAGCAAUCAAACACAAUACGAAAGAAAAAGAAUCAUGAGUCCUCGUGGAAGAUUGAACGGAACUACUCCUGUUUGAUACAGACUGUUGGUGGUCUGAACGUGGAUCCAGGGAGACUUGUUGAGGUCGUAUGCCAAGCCGGUAUAUAUCACGGUGGCAAGUCACUCUGUGAACCCCAAAAGACGAAAGUGGCGGUCGUUUCAAAAGAAGGCGAGGCGCAGUGGGACGAAGAAUUGCAGUUCCCCAUAAAAGUGUGUAGUGUCCCACGAAUGGCUAGGCUUUGCUUCGUUAUAUACGAAAUAUCAAAGGCUAAAAAUAAACGGAAAGGAAAAGAUACAAAGGACGCAAUAAACAGACUAGCGUGGGUAAACACAAUGGUAUUCGACUACAAAGAGCAAUUACGUACGGAGGCCGUUACGUUGUUCAUGUGGACGCACGUCGCGGACGAGACGCAGGGCGAUGACGUACUCUUACAUCCGCUCGGAACUGUACUCUCUAAUCCUAAUACUGAUUCGUGCGCUGCCCUACAAGUCAGAUUCUCAAACUAUGACUGCCAACACCCAAUUUUAUUUCCGAAGCAAGAAGCCAUAAAAUCGUAUGCAGACCAACUUGAGAACGGAGCGGAAAUGGCGCGGCUUAAUGAAGACUUUGAGAAAUUACGAGUCACCGCCGAAAAGGAUCCCAUGUAUGAAAUGCACGAGCAAGAAAAGAAGGAUAUUUGGGCAGCUAGAGAGUACUUCCAAACGACGGCCCCAGAAUUACUGCCCAAGCUGCUCUCGUGCGUCGAAUGGACUGAACGGGCAGAGACUGCUCGUGUCGCGAGAAUGCUCUCCAGUUGGCCAAUGUUGCGAGUCGAGUCUUCUUUGGAGUUAUUGGACUAUGCCUACGCGGAUGCGGCUGUAAGGAGUUUUGCAGUCGAAUGUUUGGCAAAAAUUAGCGAUGAAGACUUAUUAUUAUAUUUAUUACAACUAGUGCAAGCAUUGAAACAUGAAUCGUAUCUGAUGUGUGAUCUCGCGAGAUUUUUAUUGGAACGCGCCUUCAAGAAUAGGACUAUUGGACACUAUCUCUUUUGGCAUCUAAGAUCAGAAAUGCACGUUCCGUCCGUAUGCGUUCGUUUUGGGCUCGUAUUGGAGGCGUACUGUCGCGGCUGCCAAGAUCACAUCAGCACCUUGACGAGACAGAUCACAUGCCUAGAUAAGCUCAAAUGGGUUAGCCAAGCGAUUCGCAAAAAGAAAGAAAUAUCAAAAGCGCGUGCGGCUCUUCACAUACAUUUGCAAGAAGAACAUUGUAUGGAGCAGUUGUGUGAUUUUGCGUCGCCUUUAACUCCUAGUCUUGUUUGUAAACGGAUCAAACCCGACAGAUGUACAGUAAAGGACAGUAAAAUGCGACCUCUGUUACUAGAGUUUGAAAACGUGGAUCCGACGGGAACAGAUAUUAGGAUUAUUCUAAAAAUUGGGGACGACCUACGCCAGGAUAUGUUUACUCUGCAAAUGCUCAGGAUUAUGGAUAGGAUUUGGAAGAACGCGGGUUAUGAUUUUAGAUUGAACCCGUACAAUUGUAUAUCAAUGGAGUACGCAGUUGGUAUGAUAGAAGUCGUUGAGGAAGCGGAAACCGUUGCCAACAUUCAGAAGCAGAGUGCGCUAUUCAACGCAGCCUCCACCAUAUCCAAGGCUAAUCUGUUUCAAUGGCUCCGGAAACAAAACCAAAGUGAGAGUGCGUUGAAUAAAGCGGUUGAAGAAUUUACUAUGAGUUGUGCGGGAUACUGUGUCGCAACCUAUGUUCUGGGUAUUGCGGACAGACAUCCAGACAACAUUAUGGUUAAAAAGACUGGACAGCUAUUCCAUAUAGAUUUCGGCCACUUCCUAGGACAUUUUAAACAAAAAUAUGGGUUCAAACGCGAACGAGUGCCGUUCGUAUUAACGCACGACUUCAUUCACGUGAUUAAUAAAGGGCAGAGGGGCGGGGUCGGAGAACAAUUGGAUUUCAAGAUAUUUAAAGAGCUUUGUGAAACUGCCUUCAAAAUACUCAGGAAACACGGUCAUCUGAUACUGUCUCUGUUCUCAAUGAUGAUAUCCACUGGUCUUCCCGAACUCAGCUCCGAAAAGGAUCUUCAGUAUUUAAGAGAGACUUUGGUGAUGGAUCUAUCCGAAGAAAAGGCGAUAGAGCACUUUCGUAUGAAGUUCGUGGAGGCGCAGAAGAACUCUUGGACCACAUCCUUCAACUGGGCAUUCCACAACUUCGACAAGAACAACUGACAGUGAUCCGUGCGACGGCUGAAGAAGCAGCCGUCCAAGUAUACGCCGCAGACUUUGUAAGAGUGCAGUGAUCGAAACUUGAAAAA